AUGGCCUCAGGCUACGUACGGCUCAGGUGUGCUGUUACCUGCCCAGAUGUGUUCACUCUGUCAGCGUGGCAGCAGAAGCAGAACCAAACAAGGACCAGCAGAGACCAGAGUGUAUCUCACAUUGGUCAGCAAAACAUGAUAUUCAUCUUUUUCAUCAGUGAGUUCAAUGAGUUCAUCAUGAGGAAGGGGGGAGGAAGGGAGGGAGCUCUUCUCCCAGUAGCUCGGCUCCAGGACCUCCAGGACCAGUGUCCCGGUGGUUUCUGUAACCCCCAGCUGGGAGACCUGAUGGUGGGUCGAGCAGCUCAGCUCUCAGCCUCGUCCACCUGCGGUCUGCAUGGACCUCAGAAGUACUGCAUCAUUGGAUACCUGGAGGAGGAGCAGAAAUGUUUCACCUGUGACUCUCGUCUGCCGUACAGUCGCUACAGCAACAGCCACCGCAUCGAGAACACCAUCGCGACCUUUGACCCUGAGAGGAAAAUGAAGUGGUGGCAGUCUGAGAACGGUGUUCAUGAUGUCAGCAUCCAGUUGAAUCUGGAGACAGUGUUCCAGUUCAGUCACCUGGUCCUCACCUUCAAGAGUUUUCGCCCAGCGGCCAUGUUGGUGGAGCGGUCAAAGGAUUUUGGGCGGAGUUGGAAGAUUUUUCGUUACUUUGCAGAAGAUUGUUUGCUUCACUUUCCUUUGGUGUCUGCUGAGCCAGCGGCCAGCAUCGACGAUGUCGUCUGUGACAGCAGAUACUCUGGGUCAGAGCCGUCCACUGACGGAGAGGUGGUGCUGAAGGCCCUGGAUCCCAUAUUUGAAAUACAAAACCCGUACGCGCCACACAUCCAAGAUCUGAUCACCUUGACGAACAUUCGCGUGAACUUCACUCGUCUCUUCACGCUCGGUGACACCCUGCUGGGCCGAACACACAGGGACCCUGGGGACCAGUAUUACUACGCCCUUUACAACAUGGUGGUCCGAGGAAGCUGCUUCUGUAACGGACAUGCCAGCCGGUGCACCCCAGUGGACGCAGGGCGGGGGGACGCCUUCACCCAGACUGGCAUGGUUCAUGGCCGAUGCGUGUGUCGGCGCAAUACGACCGGAGAGAAUUGUGAGAGAUGUCGGGACUUUCACCACGACUCCCCCUGGAGGCCUGGAGGAGGAAACACAGCCGGCAUCUGCAGGAGGUGCAACUGUCACGGUCAUUCGGACUCGUGUCACUUUGACGCCUCUCGUUUCGAAGCGACAGGUGGUGUGAGCGGAGGUGUGUGUGAUGACUGCCGUCAUGACAGGACAGGACCUCAGUGUGAACGAUGUCGACCUUUUCUCUAUCAGGACCCGGAGAGAGGGACGGACGACCCGCACGCCUGCAUACCCUGUGACUGUAACCCGGCUGGUUCUCAGGGAGGCGGCCUCUGUGACGCUCUGACCGGUCGCUGCGUCUGUAAACAAAAUGUGGAGGGUCGUCGCUGCGAUCACUGCAAACAUGGCUUCUUCAGUCUGAGGCAGGACGACCCGGCCGGCUGUCAGGUGUGCAGGUGCCAUGUUUUGGGAAGCGUCGGAUCAUGUGAUCAGCUGACAGGAAGUUGUGAAUGUGAUCGUUUUGCAGUUGGACCACUGUGCGAUAGAUGUCAGACAGGUUUCUGGGGUCUGGGAAACUCUGUGUUCAGAUGUUCACCCUGCGACUGUGACGUUGGAGGAGCUCGCAGCAGCAUGUGUUCUCAAGAGGACGGACAGUGUCACUGUUUGCCAGACAUGAUUGGUCGGCGCUGCUCUGACCCCGCCCCCGGGUACUUCCUGCCUCUACUCGACUACUUCCUGUAUGAGGCGGAGCUCGCUGCCCCGCUCUCUGCAGGAAGCUCCUCUUCUUCUUCUACUUCCAUUGUUACUCCAUCUCCUUCUCAGGUGAAUGCAGUAGUCCUGCCAAAGUGUGAGCAGUACUUCAGAGAACAGGGUUAUGACUUUAAGAUCAGUAACGGACGAGUUGUUCUGGUCCGGAGGACUCGUCGGCUCGCCCGCCGGGAGAAGCGGGAGCAGCACACCAGCAUCCCUCUGGACCCAGGUCACGCCCUGCAGAUCAUUCCCCGUCAGAGGAUCGCACAUCAGCCGGUCACCUGGAGCGGCCUGGGAUUGGUCAGAGUGUUGGAGGGGGCGGGGCUAAGGUUCACCGUGGACAACCUGCCCUCAUCAAUGGAUUUUCAUGUGGUGCUUCGCUACGAGAUGGAGUCUCCAUCUGAUUGGUUGGCUUCAGUCAGCAUCAUCAUGCUGACACCGGGCAAUGGUGCCUGCAGCAGUGACCCAGCAGGAAGUAAACGUCUGACUCUCCCUGGAAGUUCCAGAGGAGCUAUUCUGGACUCAACCACGUGUAUGAACGCAGGAGGUCGGUACUUUGUGGACAUCGUCUUUAACAAAGGGUCCGACUCGGAUGGAUCCCACAUCCUGAUCGACUCGAUGGGCCUGAUUCCCAGCAUUGAGUCUGUGCAGGACUUUUGCUCCCAAAGUGACCUUGAUUCUUUCCGCCACUUUCGCUGCAUUGGAUUGGCUGCUCAGCUUGACCCGCAGGAGUCGGUACCAGAAGUCUGUGAAGGACUCAUUAAGAGCGCGUCGGCACGAAUCCACAAUGGAGCCGUUCUUUGCAGAUGUAACGCCAUUGGCUCUCUUGGACCAACCUGCAGUAAACUGGGAGGACUCUGUGAAUGUAAGCCCAACGUCAUCGGCCGCUGCUGUGAUACCUGUGCACCAAUGACGUUUGGCUUUGGACCCGAUGGCUGCAAGUCUUGUAAUUGUGACCCUCGUGGCUCAUUGUCAGAGCUGUGUGACCAGACCAGAGGUCAGUGUGCGUGUCGGUCAGAGGUGAUGGGACGGCGCUGUGAUCACUGUCUGACGGGGUUCUGGGGUUUCCCGUGUUGUCGACCCUGUGAUUGUAACGGACUGUCGGAGGUGUGUGAUGAAGAGAGCGGAGAGUGUUUGAACUGCAGGGAGCACACCACUGGAGCCUACUGUGACAGGUGUGUGGAGGGUUACUAUGGUAACCCAGUCUCUAGACAGCCCUGUCAGCCUUGCCUCUGUCCAGAUGUUCAGAACAGCGGACGCUUCUUUGCCACUUCCUGUCAACAUGACCCGCAGUCCCUUAGUCUGACCUGUGUCUGCAGGAAGGGGCACACAGGUCCACACUGCGACAGGUGCAGCCCUGGUUUCUAUGGUGACCUGACGUUGCCAGGUGCCAGCUGCCAGGAGUGUCCCUGCAACAACAACACCGACCCAGAUGACCACGAUGCCUGCGACAGCCUGACCGGCGAAUGUCUGCGCUGCCUCCACAACACGAUGGGACCACGUUGCCAAAACUGCAAACCUGGUUACUAUGGCAACGCGCUGGCCCAAGACUGCAAAGUAUGCUCCUGUGACCGGCAGGGGACGGAGGUAACUCGGUGUCCUCUGGGGAGUCCCUGUUUUUGUGAUCCAACGACAGGACAGUGUCCCUGCAGGAGGGGCGUGGUGGGGGUCCUGUGUGACGAGUGCGAGGACGGAUACUGGAACCUGGACGGAGCGUCAGGAUGUCAGCCCUGCAGCUGUGAUCCAGUUAACUCUGUGUCCAACAUCUGCAACAAGGUGACGGGACAGUGUCCGUGUCAUCCAGAGUUUGGAGGGAGACAGUGUGAUGAAUGUGGGGAAAACCAUUUUGGGAGCCCAGACCUGCAGUGUAUCUCCUGCGACUGUAACCUGGAGGGAACCGAGCAUCCGUCAUGUGACCCUGAAACCGGCGAAUGCAUCUGUCGCAUUGGCGUCACUGGUAUCUUCUGUGAUGAUUGUGCCCCUGGCUACAGCUCAGCAUUCCCGGGCUGCGAGGAGUGCCACCCCUGCACCGCCCUCUGGGCUGAAAACGUCACCGACGUCCAGCGAGCCACCCAGAGGAUGAAUACCUUCAUCCCCCGCCACAGCGAGAACCUGCAGCCUGGACUCUACCAGCAGCGGAUGCUGGAGAUGCAUGCCAAGCUGGGUGACCUCGCCAACCUGACAGCACUCUCUCCGUCAAAGGUGGAAAAGACAGAGAAACUGUGUGUGAAGAUCAGGAAGCUGAAAGACGCCAUCGACCCCAACGUGAUCCUCUUCAACCCCUCGAAUCUCCUCAACACUGAAAUUGACACUAUUCAACUGGAGUUCAAGAAGCUGCUGAACAACCUAAAGGAGAAACUCGUCACGGACCCAGACGAUAAACAAGAAGAAGACCUGCAAGAGCUGAUGGCAGAGAUCCAGCAGCUUCAUAAAGACUUCAUGUCAGACGAGAAGAGGGUGAGAAACGCCAUCGAAGCUAUGGAGGACUCCAUGGAUACCAGACAGGAAGCCAAACACAAACUGAGCAUGUGUAGUAGCAGAGGUGACCUGGCGCAGCUGGAGAAGAGGAUCAAAGAUCUCAGCGUGGUCAACCUCAACAGACAGAUCUGUGGAGGACUGGGUCUGGAGGGCUGUUCAGGAUGCGGUGGAGCUCUCUGUUUCCUGGAUUCGAGAAAAAGGAAAUGCGGAGGUCUAAACUGUGACGGAGUUGUUCCCUUCACUCAGAAAGCUGCAGAAACAGCGGAGAGCGCCAGGGACCAACUCGCUACACUCCCAUCUAGACUGGAGGAGUCUGAGAGCAAGAUCAGUGAUGCCAAACAGGCGGGUCAGGAUGCCAAAGACCAGGCCAGAGACUUGCAGGACCAGAUCAACAACAACAUAGACUCCAUCAGGAGGGAGAAGAACAAAACCAGGGAGCUCCUUCAGCGAGUAAAAGCCUUCCUGAUGGAUGAGAUGGUUCCUUCAGAAGACAUUGAGAAAAUGGCUCAAGCUGUUCUGGACAUCCAGCUGCCGCGAUCACCUGAUCAGAUCCGAUCAAUGAUCAGUGACAUCACUAAUCUACUGUCCAGUGCUACAAGUUUCCAGGUUGACCCGAAGGACUUGGAGGAGGGCGCCAGGACAGCCCAGGACCUGCUGCAGAAAGCUCGGGACCUCAGGGAGAGGACAAAGGAUGUUGAUGUGACAGAAAUCAGCAGAGAUAUUUAUGAAGCGGAGAAAGCUCAGGACAAAGCCAACGACGUCCUGGAGUCAGCCAGCCAGGACAGAACCACGACCAAGGACCGAGUCCAAGAUAUUAAAGACAGACUGAACGGCAUCGAGACGAAGCUGAUGAAUGGACGACCUGAAGAUUUGCAGAACGAGACUGAAGCUCUGAAGAAGAAAACCGAACAGAACAGAGAGAUGGCGAGAGAGGCCCGAGAGGCUGCAGACUCAGCUUUAAACGAGACUGCUGACGCGGGAAUGGAGCUGGACGGCGUGAUGAAGCUGUUUGAGGGUUUAAAGCAGAGGAACUCGACUCCGACGCUUCAGGGCGAAGCCAGCGAACGACUGAGGAACAUCAUGCAGGAGGUGGAGACCAUGAGGAGACGGGUGGAGGACAAACUCACUCAGAUACUAGACCUGGAGGAGAAGCUGCAGCAGCUGCUCAGGAUGAAAGAGGAAAAAUCAGCUGAAGUCUUGUUGUUGUUGGAAACAGUGAAUUCACUUCAAGAGGAAAUCUCUAAACGAGUUGAUGGAUACACCAGCUGUAUAUCAUAAAUACUACAGAGUACUGCGGCUCAUGUAUGCUACAGAGUGCUAGAUAUGGAAAUAUUGUACCUCAUAAGUACUAGAGAACAAAAUACAUUAUUUUUGUUUUCUUUGUCUCAAAAAUGAAAAAACUCUGUUUUCAUUUAUUUCACACAUUUUCAGUUUUCUCUUUGUAUAGCACGUUUUCUGGUGACUAGAAAUGAAUAUUUGUUUUCAACUGGUUCAGUGAAAGGUUGAAGAAAUUUUUGAGUUUCUCUUUUUUUGCUUUCACAAAGUGAGUGCGUGGCUGAAAACAUCACAUCUGUUCACCGCUUUGACUAAAUAAUUUAACUGUUUAAUAAUCAGUUCAGUGUUUCACACCAGCUUCAGAAUAUUUCAGGUUUUAAUUUCUCACAGAAAACAGGUGUGAAUUUAAAGUUGUACCACCAGUGUACUCGCUGUUGCAUUUGUGACUUGUACUUCUGUUCCUGACCAGCAGAGGACUCUCACUCCAAACACUACCCAGAAGGGUUUUAUCAAACCAACAGAGCAGAAGAAACUCUGUCAAACAAAGCAUUUUCUGAAACAUGUAAACCACAAGAAAACAACAAGAAAGUAAUAAAUGUGUUGUCAGUUCCACC